AUGACGAUCAAGGUUGGGAUCGAGGUUGGCGUCGAGGUUGGGGUCAAGGUUGGGGUCGAGGUUGGCGUCGAGGUUGGCGUCGAGGUUGGCGUCGAGGUUGGGAUCGAGGUUGGCGUAGAGGUUGGGGUCAAGGUUGGCGUCGAGGUUGGCGUCGAGGUUGGGGUCGAGGUUGGGGUCGAGGUUGGGGUCGAGGUUGGGAUCGAGGUUGGGAUCGAGGUUGGCGUCGAGGUUGGGAUCGAGGUUGGCGUAGAGGUUGGGGUCAAGGUUGGGGUCGAGGUUGGCUUCGAGGUUGGGAUCGAGGUUGGCGUCGAGGUUGGCGUCGAGGUUGGGGUCGAGGUUGGGGUCGAGGUGGGGUUCGAGGUUGGGGUCGAGGUUGGGGUCGAGGUUGGCGUCGAGGUUGGGAUCGAGGUUGGCGUCGAGGUUGGGAUCGAGGUUGGGAUCGAGGUUGGCGUCGAGGUUGGGGUCGAGGUUGGGGUCGAGGUUGGGGUCGAGGUUGGCGUCGAGGUUGGCGUCGAGGUUGGGGUCGAGGUCGGCGUCGAGGUUGGCGUCGAGGUUGGGAUCGAGGUUGGCGUCGAGGUUGGGGUCGGGGUCGAGGUUGGGAUCGAGGUUGGCGUCGAGGUUGGGGUCGGGGUCGAGGUCGGGGUCGAGGUUGGGAUCGAGGUUGGCGUCGAGGUCGGGGUCGAGGUUGGGGUCGAGGUUGGGAUCGAGGUUGGCGUCGAGGUUGGGGUCGAGGUUGGGAUCGAGGUUGGCGUCGAGGUUGGGGUCGAGGUUGGGAUCGGACGAUAGGAGUAGGUUUUUGUUACUCUUGCUGAAGCAAGGCCCUGUAUUCCACAUACACUACUCGAAAUGCACAUUUCAGUUUGCUUUACUUUUUUGUAUUUGAUCAAGUUUCACUUGAUUUUGCACUUCUUUGUUUCAUUCCAUUAUUCCUAUUGGCACACAGUAUCGGACUAACCUUGAUUGGCUGAAACAGGUGUCAUUCACACAGAAAACACACACUUUCUCCAUAAUCUGCAUAGUAACAGUUAGAGACCGCCGCCACACACUGAACACACUAUAAUAGGCUUAAAAACAAUUAUCAGUUAAUGUAACUGUUGUAUUUCAAGGCCGGGGGGGUCACCAAGGCCACCGACAUCAUUCCACAUCUCCCCCCCCGGCCCCCGUAGAGGAUCACAAACAGAACGAGACCACAGGAAAUACAGGAGUGGUUCUAUUCUUGUCCCCUAAACACAUAGGACUCUAUGUGACCGCUGCAUCAGCAAAUUACUGACUAGUCACAUGUGGGCUGUAUUCAUUAGACACCAAAACAGAAGAAAAAAUGGACUGAAACAAGAAGGGACUACCUGAGCUUGUCCAAUAAGGGUUUGUUUUCCUUUGCAUAGCAUUUUGCUACAGUGUACCCUAAUGAAUGCAACCCUGACAAAUCUUUGACUGACCGGGACAGCUGGUGUUAUGGUGACUUGGCACCUUGGGUGGGCAGGAAUAACCUUCUCACUGUCACGGCUGCAUCUUAAACGGCAUCCUAUGUAAACACAUUGAGCUGGUUGGUUUUUCCCCUUGUCUCACGACGAGUGUUGUUUAUCAGAACAUUCACAACAAGAAAAGGUGAAAUGCGGAAACUUCCAUAUGCUACCGAACAGUAGAAAUCAUCGGUAUAUCAACAACACACUAUAGGGAUAGGGUGGUAUUUCAGAUGUUGCCAAUGUAGGGAUCAGUCUCGAGUAACCCCCCCCCCCCCCCCCCCCCUUUCCUCUGUGAGUCCAACCUGCCCAUCAACACAGGAUGGCUAUGUCCCAAUCCCAAGUGUUGAUUGUAAUUAGUCCUCCAUGUAUUUUAACAAUACAUUGGGGCGGCAGGUAGCCUAGUGGUUAGAAUGUUGGACUAGUAACUGAAAAGGUUGCUAGAUCGAAUCUCCGAGCUGACAAGGUAAACAAGCUGUCGUUC